AUGAACAGGUAUUAUGUUACCCAAUUAUUAUUGUUACUAUUGCUAAUAGCCUAUAAUGUUAAGGCGCAUGAAUUUCAUCGAAAUUUUCGCUUCAAACACAAUAAAUUCGACGAAGAUGAGGCUGAAAGUGGGGAAGAUGGUACCAAAAAGCCGAAAAGUGAGCUUAUUUUUAUGCCUUUGCUUAUUUUUAAUAGUGUGUUUUGGUCUGGAUUUUAGGUUUACUUUUGUCAUAUGUUUGGCUUGUUUUAGGCUUGCUUUUGUCAUAUGUUUGGCUUGUUUUAGGCUUACUUUCGUCGUAUGUUUGGCUUGUUUUGGGCUUACUUUUGUCAUAUGUUUGGCUUGUUUUGGGCUUACUUUUGUCAUAUGUUGGCUUAUUUUAGAGUUUUUUUAGAUUCUUUUGUUUGUCGUCUUUCAGGCUUACUUUCGGCAAAUUUUAGGCUUUCUCAUGGUAUUCACCCUUAUUUUAGUCGUAUUUAAAGCUAUACCUUUGUCUUGCUUUAAUCUCCAUUUUUCGUAUUUUAGCCUUACUUUCAUUAUGCUUCAGGUUCAAAAGGAGUUCUAAGGAAGCUAGUUGGACUGCCGAAAGUACCAUCUUUACCAAAGUUCAAGGACAAAAGAGUUAUUCCAUUGGGCGAUGACGAAGAUGUUAACAUGUGUCUAACCAAACAGCCAUGUUUAAAUGACGGAAGAUGUAUACAAGAAGGGAAUAGGUAAGUUAUUUGGAUUUUGGGCGAAGUUGAUUUUAGGCUUGUUUUGUUAGUUUCCAGGCUUGUUUAUUUAUAUUUUGGGGGUUUUUAAGGUACUGGAGGGGUUUUAUUAUUGUGGGACUAAUGCAACGAGUUAUCAUUUGAUAUAGUAGAGUGGCAACAGCUGCAACAGUUCAAACUUAUGAUCUUCACACUAGGCUACUACAAUAUAAAACACUAUACAUUACUUAAGAGUCAGUCAUGUAAAUCAUUUUUACAAAAGUAAUGAACAUUAUCAAAAGUAACUAUACAAAACUAAAUAUUGAAGUAAAAUAUUUCAAAAAGCAACCAAAUAUUACAAUACAAUAUCAAGAAAAUACCCUAUCUUACACUAGAUCUAUAUAUACGCCAACUAUUAUACUGCGAUAUCAAAAAACAAUCUCAAUUUACCUCAGACAAUUUAAUCAGAAUGAAGUUCUUUAUUCUAGUACAAUAUCAGUAGCUAAAGAUGGUAAUUCAUUGAAACGAUGGCUAUGACCUCCCUCUCGAACCAAGUUCUGCGUAAAAUGGUAUCAUUGAGUUGGCAUCGAAUGGGUCUCGUCGCCCAUAGUAGAAAACAAACAGGCAGGGCAGUAGUAUCAUUGAUACCAUAAGGAGCACACCAAUUAUGAUUAUCGAUCUGAAAAAACAAUAAAUUAGAAAUUAGGGCUAUAUGUGUGAUAAGAGUUAGAAAAUAUGGCUAAAGGUGUACUUACAGAUGGUAAACCUUGACAUAGCUUGUGACUCUUUCGAACUGGUCAUCUGGGAAACUUGGAGUGUACGACCCUUUAUCAAACCCAACAAUGGAACUAAAUGGACCCUAAAAUGACUUUUAUUAUGAAUUGAUUUUAGUCUUUUAGGCCUAGACUUGAUAAGGGGUCGAUCUGCUAGGCCCGAGCUUGGACUGGGCUAAACCAAAUUUGAAAGUGGCUGGUCCCAAACCAAAACACUCAUAUUAUUAAUAGAGGUUACCGUAACUUACCCAAGCUAUGAACUCAAAAGGCGUUGGUUCUGAUUGGUACUUUAGGUAAAUGUUAAACGCAGGCAAAUCCUGAAACUGAAAUUUUAAAAAAAUGAAAAAAAAGUUUUGUUUUGAUAAACAAACAUUUAUCUAAAGAAUACUUACUUUUCCUCCACACUGAUCAAUAUUAAUGGUUACUGUGGUUAGUUCUACAAAAAGAAAAAGUAUUAAAAAUAAUGACAAAUUCUAAAAAAAUGUUGAUAAUACCGAAAAAGUAAUGGCAAAAGUUAAAAAAUAAUGGAGGAACUUUCAAAAAUAAUGCCUUAAUUUUGAAAAUAAUGAAAAAAAGAAAUAAAAAUUUUACAAAGUAAUGACAAAAUAUCAAAAAUAACAGCAAAACCUUAAAGAUUGUGGCAAAAUCUAAAACUAAAAGACCAAAAACCAACCUCGACUAAGACCUACGCUUACAGCGAAGCCCUUUAGACAGCUGAUCUCGAUUGAAACAGGGUUAGUUGCCCAAAAUGCCAAGUACAGUUCUUGAUUGAAGCGGAUGUCCUGUAUGGCUAGCUUAAUCUGACUAAUAUCGACCAGUGUUACAUUGUUUCGAACUUUGCCAUAGCUGAAACUCUUGAUUGAAUAUUUUUUUAGAUAGUAUGCCAUUAUUAUCAGGUUGUUCGAAUAUAAAUGAGCCAUUCAAAGCGCCCAAUUUUGAAAAUUUUGGCUCAUCAUAUUCGGAUAACCUGAUAUAAAUAUGUAGUAGGGGAAUAUUGUUUUAGAGACUGUGCCCUUACUAUACGUGGUAAAGACAUAUUGUUUUUAGAGACUGUAUGUCAUUAUAAUAUGUAGUAUCAUUAGCCAUAAGACUUUUUUUAUUGUGAUACCAUUAGGCUUAAACUAAAGGCUUGAUGAUACUACAAUAUGAAAGUCUUAGGACUAAUGAUAAUACGAUAUGAAAGUCUUGUUACCUACAACCACUACAAAUAGGUAUUACAACUCAAUGUCAUAAAAAACAAAAUAAAGAUAAAAAAGACUCAAAAAGUAACUUACAAAAUGUUCAGACAUAUUGGCUGCAACUCUAGAAAUUGGCUGUACGGCCAUUUAUUCGUUGGCACUUGUGAAGAGACCUUACGUUGACUGUAACCAUCUUGGAACGGUAGUAUGCACCUGUCAUCUUCAAUUCUGAAAAUAUGCGGCAUAUUGUUUGGCGAGCUAUGACUAGGGCUGAAUUAAACUCCCCUACACUGAAACUCUAUAACAAGCAAAUUUUAAAUUUGAUUUGUUAUACAUAAGUUUGUUAUACAAGAGUUCGUCAUACAGGAGUUACACCAUAAAUGCGCAACCCAAGAAUUCGAAUUGAAACACUUACUCUCGCAAGAACAUGGUCUUGAUCAUUUCCACAACAUUAUACGGUAUAUCGUUCCGAAACUGACAGGAAACAAAACUCGGGAGAAUUAAAAACACCACCAAUCCUUGCAUGACAAAUGUAAAAGAAUUGAAUGUUUUUCGGGAAUUGGGGGAAUUCAAGUUUAACUUGGUUUUGUUAUACUACAGUAGACCUUUUUAUGGACUUGCUAGACUUUAAUAAAGUUUUUUGAAGUUAUUGCACUAUUGUAGAGCUUUUUAUAGACUUUGGUGUCUAUUUUUUUAUAUUGUUGAAUUUUAACGUGUCGUAUUCUAGCUAUAUAACUUAUGAGACUAAUUAUAUAUAAACUAUAAGAUUAUUGCAAAAGUAAAGUAAAUUUUUUAGUUACUACUGUGAAUGUGCACCUGAAUUCUAUGGAACUCAUUGUGAAUUUGUGGCCGAUCGAAGUGAAUGUGGCAUCAGCUUGUGCUCGAACAACUCGAUUUGCUAUAGGUAAGGUUUUUUGUUUUAUCAGUGUUUUACUUUUAGGUAGAGAUGAGGAAAGAGCCAGGCUUGUGCGGAAGUAGUUUUGAUUUUUUUACUCGGACGGUAAUUUUAAGUUUUUUUUGCCAGGGCGGUAGUUUUUAAUUUUUUUUUGGCAGGGCGGCUUGUUUUUGGGCUAGCCUUUAAAAUUACGCUUUGUUAAUGUUUGGCUUCUCUGUUCUUACCUUUAUUUUUGAAGUAUUCUUACCUUCUUUUACCUAAAAUAUACUAUUUUAGCCUGCCAGACGAACAAACCUUGGCGACAGUCGAAAAUGGGACUCUAAUACAACAUUUGGUUCAUUAUAAGUGAGUUUUUCGUAUUUAAACUCCAUUAAUAACUAUAAAAAUUUACUUUUUUAUGUAGAUGUUGGUGUAAAAAGUAUUUUAUUUUCAGAUGUUGGUGUAAGAAAGGGUUUUACGGUGAUACAUGUGACUUUACAGAAGGGAUGCGACAAUGUACUGAAGAACAAUGUAAUGGUCAUGGAAUUGUGAAUCCAGAACAGCUUCAUGAAGAAGGGUGUAAAUGCCAUUGCGAGGAGUAUUAUACUGGAGAUCAUGUGCGCUUUCUUCGAUUUUUUAUGCUUUUAUCUACUAUAAUAUAAUGUUUGUGUCAAAAGUUCAAAAUUUGUAUUGUAAAUUAAGUAAAUUUUAGUUUCUUUAGUAGAAAAAGAUCUAGAGACCGUAUUUUACAAUAGUUACUAUCUAUUUUUACCAUUAUUCUUACAGUGCGAUCUCAUAAUUCCGUGCAAAGACCAAGAAUGUAUAAAUGGAGGCAAAUGUGUGUUGAAUGAUCAACAACAAGCUGAAUGUCAAUGUCCAAAUGAUAUUUAUCAUCUUCCUAACGUCACAGUCAAAGUUAAUUAACUUUUCUUUUGUUUUUUUCGAAGUUUAGGUAAAAAAGGAAGGUUAUUAGAAAAUGGCAACACAUUUUGAUGUUGGGUGCUUGUUUCGUAACCAACUUGUGCCUUAUGAACCGCAUAAACGUUUUAAUAUUUUAGGUGAAAACUGUGAAAUAAUCGAUCUAGAGACAAGCAACGACCCAACUAUAUGUUAUCCAUGUGAAGGUGGAGGCUAUUCUCAAUAUGUAGAAUGUCUAAAAGAGAAUGCCAAAGUUGAUGCGGAUGUUUUGAUACAAAUGGUAGAUGAUUUCAUGUUAAAUGGUGGACAAAUGUCAGAUUUGGAGACGGAUUUCUGUGUUAAUAAGGGACAAUGCAAUGUUAUGAUUGGAAGCUGUAAGCUUUUAUUGUUUUGCUUUGAAUUUUAGGUAUAAAAUGUAUAAUAAACUUGACUAUAAUGAGAGUGAUCUAUAUUUUUGUAAAAGAAUUUUUAAAUGGUAAAAUACGUAACAAUUAAAAAGUUAUUUUCAGUACCAAUCAGUCCAGAAUCAGACGAAGAAGAUCAAACUGUGAACAAGUUGUUCGUCCUACCUAAAUGCGAAUGUCGACCAGAAUUUGAAGGUGAAUUUUGUGAAAAGCGUCGCAAAACGGAAUGCGAAAAGUUAUUGCCGGAAGAACGAUGUGCUCACGGUGUUUGUGUACAUACCAAAUUGAAUGGCAUCAAAUGCGUGUAAGUUCUUUAAAAUUUUAUUUUUUGAAUGUUUAGGUAACAGUUUAUGGGAGAUAAUUGGCAUGAUGGAAGGAAAGGGCCUUGGGAUAACAUUGAAAUAUUCUUUUUUGAAAUUUUGUAAAAUACGUACAUUACGGAACAUCCAAUAAUGGGCGGAAUCUAUAAUGGGCGGAAAGGCGGAAUCAAUAAUGGGCGGCCCGCUUUUUUGACCUAUCUGACCUUACCCCUUAAUUUUUUGGCCCUACCUGACCCUACCCCUCACCUUUUUUGUCCUACCUGACCAUACCCCUGACCUUUAUGGCCCUACCUGACCCCAGCCCUCACCUUUUUGUCCCUACCUGACCAUACCCCUGACCUUUUUGGUUCUACCUGACCCUCCCCCUCACCUUUUUGGUCUUACCUGACCCUCCCCCUAACCUUUAUGGCCCUACCUGACCCCAGCCCUCACCUUUUUGUCCCUACCUGACCUUACCCUUCACCUUUUUUCUUCUACCUGACCAUACCCCUGGCCUUUUUGGCCCUACCUGACCCUCCCCCCCCUCACCUUUUUGGCCCUACCUGACCCUCCCCCUCACCUUUUUGGCCCUACCUGACCCCAGCCCUCACCUUUUUGGCCCUACCUGACCCCAGCCCUCACCUUUUUGUCCCUACCUGACCAUACCCCUGACCUUUUUGGUUCUACCUGACCCUCCCCCUCACCUUUUUGGCCUUACCUGACCCUCCCCCUAACCUUUAUGGCCCUACCUGACCCCAGCCCUCACCUUUUUGUCCCUACCUGACCUUACCCUUCACCUUUUUUCUUCUACCUGACCAUACCCCUGGUCUUUUUGGCCCUACCUGACCCUCCCCCUCACCUUUUUGGCCCUACCUGACCCUCCCCCUCACCUUUUUGGCCCUACCUGACCCCAGCCCUCACCUUUUUGGCCCUACCUGACCCUCCCCCUUACCUUUUUGGCCCUACCUGACCAUACUUCUCACCCUUUUGGCCCCACCUGACCCUACCCCUGACUCUUUUGGCCCUACCUGACCAUACCCCUGACCCUUUUGGCCCUACCUGACCCUACUCCACACCUUUUUGGCCCUACCUGACCCUACCCCUCACCUUUUUUGUCCUACCUGACCCUCCCCCUCAUCUUUUUGGCCCUACCUGGCCAUACCCCUACAUUAUGGCUAAGUUUAUAGGCCAUUUUUCGAAACUUUUUUGAAUUUUUAUGAACUGUUUUUCAAUCUUUUGCCUUUUCCAGAUGUGACGAAGGCUACGAAGGUAAAAGAUGCGAGCUGAAGAACAAAUGCCAUCCAAAUCCAUGUGGAGACGCGACUUGUGUCGAGAUCACGGUCCAGGAGCUGAGCGAAGAUAAAAUACCGAUUUGUGUGUGUAACAAUGAUCAAGAUGUGGAUGGAAGAAGUGAGUGUGAUAUUUUAUAUGAUUCUUUUGAAAUUUGAAGUAAAAAAUUUGGUUUUUUUUUGUGUUUGCACGGUGCAAAAAUUAAAAAAAAAGGACUGUACGGUGCAGAUUUAUUACAUUUUAGAUUUUUAGGUAUGAAAAAGGGAAUUUUUAAAUUGUUUUUUUUUAGGUAAAAAAUGCACAAGUCCUCACUUUCAACAAUGUUAUCACGAAAAUGGCACUUCGAAAUGUGGCGCAAACGCUGCGUGUUAUCCAUGCACUCUAGAUAACGAAAAGGAUGCUCUCUUUGAUGUAACUUGAUUUUUAAUUGAAAUUUUUUGUUUAAAAUAAGUUUAAAAUGUUUUAAGGAGUUAACAGAAUGUUUUGUGGUUAUUUUGAGGUAUGAAAAGAAUAAAAAAUGCAAGGUUUUUGGGAAUUGAAAAUAAUUUUGAUCAUAACACUAUAUUUUUGAACUUUUUUUUGCUCAGAACCUAUGUUUUGAUGUAAUUUGCCUUUAACAUUGACUUUUUAUCAUAUCUAAUUAUGCUUCACAAUAAUAUUGUUUUAGGUAUGCUCCCACGAAGAGGAUGAACGAGGCUUCCGUUGUGUAUGCCCACCAGGUCUAGCUCAACCCUUUUGCCAGCGGCCGCUAACUCCAUGUGAUCUGAAUCCAUGCAAAAAUGGAGCGAUUUGCGAGCUAACUAAACACAACCAAGACGGCUACACAUGCUCAUGUAAAGACGGCUAUAAAGGACCGAAAUGUGAACAAUAUGUUGAGAUUUGCGAUCGAAGAUCAGUGAAAUGUGUCAACGGAACUUGUGUCAAAGAUUCAGCACACAAACGCGGCUACAGAUGCGAUUGUGAAUAUGAAUUUACCGGUCGAAACUGUGACAAAAAGAUUUGGGAUAGUUGGAUGGAUAAGUUUCAUGUAAGUCAUGGGUUUAUGAAGGUUUUAUGAUGUUGUAGUAGUUACUAUAGCUAUAGCAGAGACUUUCAGGGCCGACAGUUGGAUGAUUUCGUUGAUAUAAAACAAGGUAAUGGUGGGCUUGCAUUGCUGUAGAUCAUAGGAUGUUAAAGGAUUGUGGAAUUAUAACAGAUUUGUUAGAAAAGCUAAUUUUUGAUAUUAUAGUAGAUAUCAGGAUGUUUGGUCUAGUUUAGCUUAUGUUUUAUGGUUUUUGAAAGAAAUAUAAUUGAAAUGUAUAAAUUUAGGUAAAAAAAAGGACUGAAGAUUGUUAUUUUACCUACUUUUUCUAUGACUUUUAUUAAAACACAAAAAAAUUGAAGGAGUAAUGUUGUAGUAGGUAUCUGGCUGGUCGCGGGCUUUGAAAUCAUUUUUUUUUGAAUUUUUAGUCAAAAUUAUUAAUUAAAUUGACUAUUUUAGGUAGGGAAAAACCCUAGAGAACGUAAAGAGGAUGAUUUCUAUUAUUUUUGGAUUAAUCUUUCAUUUUAAAACACUAAAAAUUAGGUCUAAAGUUUGAUUUUUCAGGAACACUCAACUUACACUUAUCCAGCCGUAAUGACUCUCGUUCUAACAUUUAUCAUGAGCCUGUACUAUGCCAAGGUGUUUGUGACGAAAAAGCUGGACCAAAAGAUCUGGGACUUGAUCGGCGACAGCGAGGAUGA